CCCAUUCGUUCACUCUCUCUGUAUCGGCUUGGAGAGGGAGAGAGAGAGAGAGAGAUGAGAGGCCGCGAGAAGGGCAUCGCUGACUCUUCAUCUUCGUCAUCGUGGUUUUCGAAUUUAUGGUCUUCUGCUCUGAGGAGUAAGGUACUAGCUUCUCCUUAUCAUACAGAGACCGCCGUCCGUUCUGUCUCCGGCGAUGGCCUCGUCCGCCGCCUCGGCCUCCUCGACCUCAUCCUCCUCGGCAUCGGGGCCUCCAUCGGCGCUGGAAUCUUCGUCGUCACCGGCACCGUCGCCCACGACGCCGGCCCUGGAGUCACAAUUAGUUUCAUACUGGCUGGAGGGUCUUGUGUACUCAAUGCACUCUGCUAUGCUGAGCUAGCUUCUCGUUUUCCUGCUGUUGUUGGGGGAGCAUACUUAUAUGCAUACACAGCUUUCAAUGAACUUACUGCUUUUCUUGUGUUUGCCCAACUAAUGCUUGAUUACCAUAUUGGUGCAGCUAGCAUAGCUAGAAGCUUAGCAAGCUAUGUAGUUGCAGUACUAGAACUCUUUCCUCUUUUCAAGGAUAACAUACCAAGCUGGAUUGGACAUGGUAGCGAGGAGCUCUUUGGAGCUGUAUCAUUUAACUUGUUGGCUCCAAUUCUCUUAAUACUUCUCACCAUAGUUCUUUGUUGGGGAGUUGGAGAAUCUUCUGUAUUUAACUCAGUCAUGACAACAACGAAGAUAAUCAUUGUUCUUUUUGUCAUAAUUGUUGGAGCUUUUGAGGUUGAUGUUUCAAAUUGGACUCCUUUUGCCCCAAAUGGUUUUAAAGAAAUACUGACUGGAGCAACAGUAGUAUUUUUUGCAUAUGUUGGAUUUGAUGCAGUUGCUAAUUCAGCUGAAGAAUCCAAGAAUCCACAGCGGGACUUACCUUUGGGCAUCAUGGGAAGCCUUCUCAUUUGUGCUGCGUUAUAUAUUGGUGUUUGUCUAGUGAUAACUGGAAUGGUAUCGUACGAGCUCCUAGGGGAAGAAGCUCCUUUAGCUGAAGCUUUCACAUCGAAGGGCUUAGCAUAUGUUUCUGUGUUAAUAAGCAUUGCUGCUGUUGCUGGUCUUACUACUACUCUUCUUGUAGGCCUUUAUGUUCAGUCUCGGUUAUAUCUUGGGCUUGGAAGGGAUGGUUUGCUACCUUCAAUAUUUGCUAAAAUACACCCAAUACGCCAUACUCCCAUUCACUCUCAGGUGUGGGUUGGUAUUGUUGCCAGCAUAUUGGCAGGACUUUUUAAUGUGCAUGUUCUCUCGCACAUUCUUUCUGUUGGUUCAUUGACUGGGUACUCUGUUGUCUCAGCAUGUGUGGUAACCCUUCGCUGGAAGGAUAAAACUGAAAGUCAAGCUUCUUUAAGCUGGAUAUCGAAGUGGGGGGAAGGCGUCCUUUGCCUAUUUAUAAUUGCCUGCUGUGGUUUUGCCGCUGGAGUGAUAUACCGGUUUAGUGCUGCAAUUAUUUUUCUGAUUGUGGCUAUUGUUAUUGCCGUCAUUGCUGCUGGUUCUCUUUAUUAUCGACGGGCCUAUGAAGACCCCCCAGGUUUUUCUUGUCCAGGGGUUCCAAUCGUGCCGGCUGUUUGCAUCUUCUUCAACAUGUUCCUGUUUGCCCAGAUUCACUACGAAGCCUGGGCGAGGUUUGUUGUCCUCAGCAUUAUUUCAAUAGGAAUAUACGCUUUUUAUGGGCAGUACCAUGCCAACCCCGUUACUUCAAAAGGGACAAUUAUUUAUCACAGGGCACCAGCCGAAGUAACUCAUUGAAACCAUUGCCUACAGGGUUGUUGAUUGUAUCAUCAAUUAUUGCCUUGUGUCUAUGUUAACGUACACAUGCGUUGAGGCAAUCAUGUGGUGAAAAAUGCAUGUAUGAUAAUUAUAUUUUUAUUUAUUUUUGGCUAAAGAUAUACCCAGCGCCUCACUUUUUCACCAUUUA